GCCACCCGGCUCUGAUUACAUCACCUCUGUCCUGUAUUAAAGGUAUAUAAGUGUGGCAUUAGGCUGUCAAACACCGAAGCCAACAGAGACUCAUCAUUCUCACACUGACCAGGGACAUCAGGCUGAGACUGGCUCUCCAGCAGCUUAAACGGUUAGACCAGGUCCAAGCCGGAAUCAGGAUGCCGACCACGACGAGACUUAUUUCGGACACUCGGAAGUCGGACAAAGCAAAGAAUGUCAGAGCUGGAAACUCGCCCACAGAAAAUAUUCCAGACUACGAGCCCAAUAUCCCAGAACCCAAAUGCAGAGCUGAUCUCAUCAAACACUGGUACAAGCUUUCUCUGGAUGACAAGACGGCCAAUAAGACGCUAUGGAUCGGAGAGGGCGGCACCAAAGUGGCCCGCAUGACUGACGAUUUAACUUGUCCCGUCUUGGAUAGACCAGAGAGAUAUGAGUAUUCUCCACAGGUUCUUUGCAAGGAAGGAAUCCUGGGUUUCCGAGGCUACUGGGAGGUGGGGUUCUCCGGGUGGGUCGUCGUCGGCAUUGCGUACGAACGAGCGGGACGAAGGAACAGUGAUGGGUCCUGCGGCCUGGGAGAGAACGAGGGGUCAUGGGGCCUCGGCUGGUCCGGCUCCAGCUACAAUUUCUGGCACAAAGGCCAUAACGUGGAGAUCAAGGGGAUCCCUCAGUGCUCUGUCAUCGGAGUAUACCUCGACCAGCCCGCUGGCAUCUUGAAUUUCUAUGCUGUGGAGGAGGUGAAAGAGGGAGAGGAGGGCGCAGGGGGAAAGGAGGUGAAGCCUCUGCAUGAAGUCAGGAGUGAGUUCGAGGAGAAGAUGAUCCCUGGUUUCUGGAUGGGGACACAAUCGAAGUGCUCAAUCAUACAGAAGGAGGAAUAAAGAACUGAAUCCACAAUGUAGGAUACAAUAUUGUGAUGAUUAGCCCAGAAAGGUGUACAAAUAUCCCUUUCUAUUGAUAUGGCCCCUUUAAUUAUAAAAUGACACCAAUGAGGUCGUCACCAAUACUUGUCUUCCAUGUCUGAAGAUAUAAACAUCAUAGGCUUACAUGAAUUUUAUGCAUAUGACAUCACCAUUCAAAAUAUAGUAGUAAGUAAUAGAUGUAGUUUUCAUAUAUAGUAUCAGAUAGACAUGCUAUCCAUGGUUUAGUGCAUUUAAGUAAAAGGGAACAAAAUGCAAAGAUUUAUACAGAUGUGUUUAUACUAUAUUAUAUAUAUUUUUACCACUUUGUUGUUGUUGUUUGCAGAGAAUGUAUAGAGUUCCCUAGUUUUGAAUGAAUGUAUGUAGGAUGUGAUAUAUGCAAAAGUUUGAAUAAAAAUAAUAAAACACUGA